AACACCCCCGGUUGGGACGGUUUGGGAUUUCAUCAGGUUACUCAGCCUGGCGCACAGUUUAAAACUGAUUAAUUAUUUUUUCCCAUUUAAUAUUUUCGGACACAAAGUAACUGAAACCACGGGAAACGAAACCACCGAUAAGGAGGGACCACUGUGUAAUACUUUUUAAGGACUUAAUUGGCUAAAGUGGAAUUCAAGUUAUUUUGAGAAUUUGUAAUGGCCCACUAUUGAUCCUGUACAUUAGCGACUUGAGAAAUUUGCUUGUUUUUAUUUAAGUUUUGCUUGUUUUUAUUUAAGUUUUGCUUGUUUUUAUUCAGAGUGUCGGUUUUUUUCAAAGUGUCGAUUUUGACGUCGCCGAGAUUCUAAAACACGCAAUAAUUACGUAACAAGUGUUCUUAUAUAUAUACGUAGCUAAAAGAAUACUUGGCAUUUGAGAUGAGAAUGAGCAUAGGCGAACAUCGCGUUUUACGAGCUGGUGAAUACGACACACUACGGCAAGCAAUGGCAUUUCCUUCGUUGUUCCCUAUCCUCCUCAUCAUCUCCCUGGUGGGCAGCGGCUUUGCGGAGGAAGUGGCUUCUCCUCAAGGCUGUGGCUCUUUCUUGUGUAACCUGGAUGCAGUGUGGGGCCAGGCAGUGACAGUGGUGGCAGGCAUAGCGGCCCUGGCCUCACUGAUCCUGGCCCUGGUGCUGUUGUGCCGCCUGCGACACAUAACAGAGCCUGAGGCACGCAGUGGGGUGGCACCACUGCUCCUGCUUCUCGCCACGGUCCUCAUGCUCUGUGCUGUCAGCUUCUCAUAUGUCAUGGAGCGGGACGACAGUGUCUGCAUUGCCCGGCACUCCCUUUGGGGGGCACUGCUUGUCCUCACAAUAGCAUACCAAGCGACUCAGGGUGUGCGACUGUUCCAAUGCUCCUGCUUCAGACCCCUGGCGGGGGUGCUGAUCGGCUUGGCUGUAAUGCAGGUUAUAGCCAUUGUGGAAUGGAUCCUGGCGAUUGCAGUGCACCCGGGCCAGCCCGUCUGCCAGUACGAGCCACUGCGUUUCAGCUUGGUCUGCAUGUACGGGCUGGUCCUGUUCAUAGCAGUGCCAUUCACCUUGAUCUGGGCCUUGGCUCGGGGGCAGCCUCAGUGGAGAUUCCGGACCUUGUGUCUGCUCCUCAUGAGCUUCACUUCGCUCGUUGUUUGGGUGUUCUAUGUGUUACUCUAUCGGUUUAAGAAAGUGAUUCCUGGCGAGUCCUCCAACUGGAAGGACCAGUUACUGGCAGAGGUGCUGAUGGCGCAGGCCUGGCUUCUGCUGCUGCUCCACAUCGCCCCUGAAGCCCAUGCCUGCCUGCGCCGAACCCCACAGCCCUCGGGUCCACAUGAUGUUCCCGAGCAGGCCCAGCCCCGCCCAAGGGGGGCCAGUUUGGAAGAGGGCAUUCCCCUGUCCCCCCAGCCCACAGUAGAGAGCCAGGGCUCUGCAUCGUACAGCAGCUCAGAUGGUUCUGGAAGUCAGUGGCCCAGCACUUCCUUCCACAUAGAGACGAGCAGCAACGCAGAGCCCAUGCCCUCCACCUCCACUGGAAUGUCUCAUAUCUGGCAUACAGAGACAUCAAGAUUCUGAGGAGGACGGCUCUGCUCUGUUGGCCAUGGAGAUAUAUUGCAAGAAUAUAAUCCUUGUCUUGAUUAAAAUAAAUGUUUAUGACCAUCUGUGUAA